GUGACAUUUUUUUUAAUUUAUCAAAACGAGGUUCCUGAAAGUGCUUUUGUAUUCACUGUGAAACAUGGCAUGAAUUCGUACAUUUCACUUUACUUUAAGCUCCAUUCCUGGUAACUGCACAGGUUUUUAAAGAUUUAUGAGGACAUAUAUGAUUUCACUCAACAUGAAGAAUUGUAAAUAAGAAGGUAAGGAGGUUUUAAUGUACCCUGAAAUAAUAUGUAGUAAUAAUUAUGUGCAACAUUCUGAGUUGAUUCUACAGAGCAUAAACCUUUCAUGUAUUUAUCUACCAUUAAUUAUAAUCCUGUUGAAAUACACACACUGAUCAGGUAUAACAUUAUGACCACUGAGAGGUGAAGUGAAUAACACUGAUGACCUCCUCAUCAUGGCACCUGUUAGUGGGUGGGAUAUAUUAGGCAGCAAGUGAACAUUUUGUCCUCAAAGUUGAUGUUAGAAGCAGGAAAAAUGGGCAAGCGUAAGGAUUUGAGCGAGUUUGACGAAGGGCCAAAUUGUGAUGGCUAGACCACUGGAUCAGAGCAUCUCCAAAACUGUGUUCUGCUGGGAAACCUUGCGUCCUGCAAUCCAUGUGGAUGUUACUUUGACAUGUACCACCUACCUAAGCAUUGUUGCAGACCUUGUACACCCUUUCAUGGAAACAGUAUUCCCUGAUGGCUGUGGCCUCUUUCAGCAGGAUAAUGUGCCGUGUCACAAAGCAGAAAUGGUUCAGGAAUGGUUUGAUGAGCACAACAACGAGUUUGAGGUGUUGACUUGUCCUCCAAAUUUCCCAGAUCUCAAUCGAGCAUCUGUGGGAUGUGCUGGACAAACAGUCCCAUCCGUGAAAAGGAAGUGUUUAUAUUAAUGUGGAUUAGGAAUUUAUAUGCUAAUUAAGCACAACCCUGCUCACCAGGUGACACAUAUAUCCAGACCCUAGUUAGCUCUGAAGGUGAGUGAAGUGUGAGCUGAUCAUCCUUCCGUCAUGAGUGUAUGUGAGAGAUCUGCUCUUUGCUGUCUCCUUCUGCUCGGUCUGAUCCAGACUCCGCUGUCUGUAACAGCAGGGAAGAUCCUCAUCUGGCCAGGAGAAUUUAGCCACUGGCUCAAUGUCCAUGCUAUCAUGGACGAGCUAAUCGCAAGAGGACACAACGUGACGAUCGUUACCCACAGUGCUACACCGUCUAUAAAGACAACUCAGUCUCAGGGCUACAACGUGGACAUCAUACAGGUGCCUUACACCAAGCAGGACGUCAUUAACAACCUGGAAAACUUUAUACAGUACUGGAUGUAUGAUGUUCAACAUGACAAGAUAAUCCAAACUUCUCUGAAGAUCAAGGAGAUCUUGGAUGAGACUACAGAGCAGAAUCACGCACUAUGCAGGGAGGUUUUUGGACGUGAAGAUCUGCUGGAGAAGUGGAGAAAGGAGCAGUUUGACGUCCUUCUGACAGACCCCAUGUUGAUGUGCGGCGAUCUCCUGGCUUUAAAACUCAACCUGCCGCUCAUCAUCAGUCUGAGGUUCAGUUUUGGGAGUUCUAUGGAGCGACUCUGCGGGCAGCUCCCAACACCUGCCUCUUAUGUUCCGGCGGCCAGCCUGAGCUACACAGAUCAGAUGGAUUUCCCACAGAGAGUGAAAAACGUGCUGUUUAAUCUCUUUCAGGACUUUCUGUUUAUGAUCGUGACUGCAGUAAUGUGGAAUCCUGUGUAUACAGAGCUUGGGGGUAAGUCAAGAAACCAUCUGGUGAUGAUAUUAAGUCAUUCACUUUACAAGGAAAUGCAAGUCCAUAAAAGUUCAUAUUUAAGACUCUUAGAGCCUUUAGAGCCGACAGGUUACAAAAUGCACUCAAGGUAUCAUUUAUGUGGUAUCUUUUAUGUAAGUCAAAAGUAAUAGCUACUACAACAAGAGGCUGAUAUUAAGAUUUCUGAAAAAUAUAUAUGGAUUAUAUGGAAAUAAUAACAUAUUUGAAUUCAUGCAUUAAAGCUAACCUUAUAAAAACAUUUAUCCACACCUUCUGAACAUUACAGAGUGUGUACCUGAUGAAGGGACUCAUCAUGAUGCACUUUACAGCCAAAAAUGUCGCUCUGUGUGAUUGUACUCUAAGUGCAUCAGGAGUAUGGGUUCUGAGGACAGUCUGGCCGGAGUCCCUGCUGGAUCCCAAGCUUUUCGGGUCUCAGAUCCUUGCAGAAAAAAUUAUUUAUUUAAUUAUUAUUAAAAUUAUCCAUCAGUCUGUUUUUGCUUGAAAUGCUUACUGAGCUGCUGUGGUUCAACUGGUUUGUAAUUGGGGUUUUUUGUUAUUGUUAAGCACUCACCACUGUGGAUGUUUAACACGACAAAUCACUGAGCAUACUCUUAAUCAUGAUAUUUUAUUGCUCUACUCUCUGGUGGUCUGCUAGAUCAGAGUCCAAAACAGCAGUCCUUGCUGAAUUAAUCCUGUUAAGAUUUAACAUUAGCAUAUAAAGGUUUUUUCCGACGUAAGUGAAUAGUUAACCAUUUGGGCUAAUGAGUUCUAAAAUCCCCUGAUCAUUGUCCAUUUACCCAUUCACGCACCGCUAAUCUAGAAUUCAGUCCAGUGUGUCAUAUUUCACCCAAGCAUCUUUUGUAUCUACGAGGACUAAGGCAUUGUUAACGAACCUGCUUUCUGUUCACACUUCUGACCACGCUAAAGUUAAAGAUCCUUUGUAUACAGAGUUUAUGGGUAUGUCAAGAUACCAGAGCCCAUUGUCAAGUGGGACACUUUUAUUCAGGAUAAACAAUACAUUGAUGCAACGUUACAGGACAAAGUUACUCUGAACUGUGGUGAAUUGUGCAGCUUUGAAAGCUUUUCUUUUUUUAAUCCUUCUUUUAUUUACGUUUACAUUUACAGCAUUUUGUAGACGCCCUUAUCCAGAGCCACGUCCAUUGUACUAUUAGUCACAUGUUUCCUCUAAAGUUUGCUGCAUGAGCUCAGAUGUCUGACUCUCCAGCCAGAAUGGGUGUGUGUCAGAGAGCUACGCUCUGUAUUCUGUUCAUGCUGGGUCUGAGACAGUGUGCUUCAGCAGGCAAGAUCCUCAUCUGGCCUGCAGAAUUCAGCCACGGGCUCAACCUCAGAUCCAUCAUAGACGAGCUCAUAGCCAGAGGACACAGCGUGACAGUUGUCACUCACAGUGCCACACCGUCUAUAAAGACAGAGCAGUCUCCGGGCUACAGUGUGAUAGCCAGAUAGCUUGUUUUUAAUCUGUUAAUACAUAAUGUGCUGCUAAAGCUUUUUUAAAUAAAAAUAAUAAUAAUCCACAGACAUAAUGUUUUCUACAGACUUUUAGACCUGUACGUAUGCUCGGUUAUAUGCCUUCAUAACUUCCUCAUUAGCUUAGUCUGGAGUCGCCCCAGUAUGUGUUGUCAUUAGCACAUAAUUUGCAUUGAGUCAACAUUAUUGAACAAAUUCAUGGUGAUUUUCAGAUUAAGUUCAACAUUUGCAUUAAAACUUUGUAAACGCUUCACAGCUCACCCUUCACUGAUUUUAUUUCAAGUUUAACAUUGAUGGAGGAAUUAAAUGUUUGGUAAAUAUAAAUCGGCCCUUGCCCUGUAAAUCUGUGUGUGUGUGUGUGUUUGUUUAAUGUGUAUUUGCAGACAGUGGUUAAUGUCUUAACCAUGGUUAACCGUUUCUGUAAUAUUUAUUAGCAUGCUGCUCACUGGAUCUCCGGCUUGGAUACAAGUGCUGUGAAGAUUGACUUGUGACUCACAGUAAGAGAUCUGUAUAAGAUAUUAUGCAGCCAUCAUGAGAGCACGUGCGAUAUCUGCUGUCCAUCUUCUUCUCCUGCUCAGUCUGAGCCACAGUCCACCCUGCACGAUGGCUACUGUUGCUCAAAUUGCUGAAGAAGUUAAUGCUGGUUCUGAUAGAAAGGUGUCAGAACACACAGUGCAUCACAGUGGGUCAUAAUGUUAUGGCUGAUUAUUAUCCAAAUAAUUACGGAGCUCAAAGCCUUGUCGAUAAAAUCAUCCAUCAGUCUGUUGUUCCUAAAAUUAUUUACUGAGCUGCUGUGAAAUUUAGUUAAAAGGGUAUUGCAAGAACAAUGCACUUAAUACAGACACUUUUGAGUGCCAGUUGGUUUGUAAUUGGUGUUUCUUUGGGUUCUGUCUGCUUGGGGGUAAGUAAAGAAACCAUCAGAUGAUGAUAUUAAAUCAUUCACUUUACAAGGAAAUGCAAAUCCAUAAAAGUUCAUAUUAAAGACUCUUAGUCCUAGAGCUGACAGGUUGCACUCAAGGUAUCAUUUAUGUGGUAUCUUUUAUGUAAGUAAAAAAUAAUAGCUACUUAAGGGAAGCUUUUAUAGGAAAACAAACAACAAAAGGCUGAUAUUAAGGUUUCUGAAAAAUAUAUAUGGAUUAAAUGGAAAUAAUAACAUAUUUGAAUUCAUGCAGUAAAGCUACAUUUAUCCACACCUUCUGAACAUUACAGAGUGUGUACCUGAUGAAGGGACUCGUCAUGACGCACUUUACAGCCAAAAAUGCUCUGUCUGAUUGUACACUAAGUGCAUCAGAAGUACGGGUUCUAAGGACAGUCUGGCUCCCCGCUGGAUCCCAAGCUUUUCGGGUCUCAGAUCCUUGCAGAAAAAUAUUUCCAUCAGUCUGUUUUUGCUUGAAAUGCUUACUGAGCUGCUGUGGAAAUAUUUGUUAAAAGGGAACUCAAAAAUUUCCAUAGCUGAAAACACUUCAGAAAUGGUGUCAGCUGGUUUGUAAUUGGGUUUUUGUUGUUGUUGUUGUUGUUGUUGUUGUUAACCACUCACCACUGUGGAUGUUUAACAUGACAAAUCACUGAGCAUACUCUUAAUCUUGAUAUUUUAAAGUUCUAAAAAUCCCCUGAUCAUUGUCCAUUUAUCCAUUCAUGCACCGCUAAUCUGUUGGUGCUGAAGGAAUUCAAUCCAUUGUGUCAUAUUUCACCCAAGCAUCUUUUGUAUCUACGAGGGCUAAGGCAUUGUUAACGAACCUGCUUUAGUAGGAUUUUUUUCCUCCUUGCAGUGUUAAUGAAUGAGUUACAAAAUCUCUUGGUGUUCCUGGUCAUAGCAUAGUAGGAUUUUUAACACAAUGGAUUAAGAGACUGGUAUAAUGUUCUACAAGGCACUUUGAGUUGUUUAUCCUGAUCGUGCUUAUUAGCUUAUAAAUGACCUUGUACUACAACUAAUGCGGAUUGGGAAAUAAUGUGUGAAGUUCAUCGUAACCUGUGGAACAGGUAGGGUCAAAGACCAAAGAUCUACAGUGUUUCUUAUUUGCUCUUUAUGGUGGAUUGUGUAAAGGUAUACGACGCAUAUAGAUUCAUGGUCUCUCGCAAGCCAUUUGUUUAGUCACUGUUCUCUG